UAAAAAUAUAAACUAAUUGUGUGGAAAAAAAUUUUCUAAAUUAACCAAAAGUUUUCUUAAAUUUGUAUAAUUCAACAUAAAUUAAAGUUGGUUUCAUCACACAUUCCCACUUAAUACCUCUAAGCUGGAAAGGAAACAAAAAAAAAGGAAACCCACACAUAAAUUGUAGCAAAACUAUUUUUCUCAACAUUUGCAACCACAUGUGUCAACCACAUUAGCAGUAUUAUUAUCAUACCAAGUCCAGGCAAAACUUUUUAAUUUGUCACAGCAUACCUUAAGGCGUUCGAAGUGUGAGUUUUAUACAGCAUUUGAUCGUAAGUGUUUGCAAAGUGAUAGCAAAAGAGAAAGCAAGAGUAUACAAUGCCGGGUGUGGUGUUUUUAAUUGUAGUGCCAACAGCCAAUUUUGAACGUGAGCUCAUUUAUGGUACUAAUCAAGAACUGGCACCAGCUAUACCGGUACAUAAGAUAGCUACUACUGCCACACCAGCUGCUGCAGCAGUAAUACCGGGAGUUCCAGCAGGUGUAGGUGGUGGUGGUGGUAAUAAUAAUCUAAACAUUAAUCUUCCGGAAAAUAACAACGCCAUACUAAGACUUGAAGUUGAAUUACGUGACAAGCAUGCACCUAAAUAUCGACGUGCAGUAGGUGUUGGAGUGCCUGCAGGUGCAGCACGUGGUGGUGGCGGGCGAGGUGGUGCAGCUGGUCUAAGGGGUGGGGCACAUAAUCGACCAGCAGCAACAGGAAAUAAUGUUAACACUAUGAUGGACUUAAAGGGUAAUGCCAUAGUGCCCUUGGAAAAGGUUUUGGAAGAACUUUUGGUAAAACUUGAAAUUGAACAUGUAACCUGGACUACCAGUAAGAAAGGAUAUUUUCAUCAUGUUGUCUUUCCACUGCAAUCAGGUGAACCUUGCGAAACGACUUUACACUGUUUAACAGAAUUGGGUAUUGGCACUAAAUUGAAUUCGAGUGUCAGUGUUUUACCCUGCAGCGUAAGCUAUGAUGCCUUAACCAUUGCAGAGGAUUACAGCGACCCUAUGGAUGGCGAAGAACUCUCCAAAUGGAAUAAUUUUGUGGAAUCGAUUAAAUCGAAACUCACUGUCAAACAAGUUGUUGAUGGUGUACGUUCUGGUGGUUCAUUAUCCUUCGAUUAUUUAUUACUAAUAGUGACAGCCGACUCUUUAGCCGCAUUGGGUUUAGUGGAAAAUAAUGCACCAAAUAUUACCGCCGCCAUGUUGGUCUCCCCACUAAUGGGUCCAGUAAUGUCGAUAACAUUUGGCACAAUUAUAUCCGACAGAGAGUUGGUGCGCGUGGGUUUUAUAACGUUGGCAGUGGGCAUGUUUAUCUCUUGUCUAUUUGGUUUUAUAUUCGGCUUGAUAUUGGGUACCACGGAAAUGCCCUGGGGUAGUGGUGAUUGGCCGACAGAAGAAAUGAGAGGCAGAGGCAAUGCUCGCUCUUUGUGGAUGGGUGUUUUGUGGGCCUUGACUUCUGGCACUGGUGUGGCAGUGGCUUUAUUACAGGGUUCAGCUGGUCCUUUAAUUGGUGUGGCCAUAUCGGCUUCACUUUUGCCACCCGUCGUUAAUUGUGGUCUAUUUUGGGCUUUAGCGUGUAUUUGGCUUAUUUAUCCUGGCACUCGUAUACCGCACAUAAAGGGAGAAUUAUAUAAUGAAACGUCGGCAUAUCCAUUCCUCUACACAGACUAUUUGCCAACGGAAUUUUUGAUCAAUGGCAUUGUGUCGUGUCUGUUGACGGUGGUGAAUGUGAUUUGCAUUUUUAUUACCGCCAUAAUAGUGUUGAAAAUUAAGGAAGUCUCGGCGCCAUACACAGCAAGUCCAGAUUUAAAACGGUAA